UACAAGAGACUGUGCAGGUUCAGAAUGACCUGGUGUUUGAGGCAGUCCAGGACAAAGGCAACAUGGAGCAGGCCAUUCUUGAGAUGAAGAAAAGAUCUGAAGCUAGACAAGCAGAGUUUAUAGAAAUGAAGUCCAACCUGAAGCACCUUGAAGUUUUAGUUGCUCAGCAGAGUCAGGAAUUCCAGCAGCUGUGUGAGCAGCUAGGCCAGCUGAAUGUGCCUAGUGUCCUAGCAGAGCUGAAGAGAUUGAUCUCAGUGCCUCCAGUACCUGGGCAUGUAAAAGACAGCGCUUCUCAGACGUCGCCACCUUUGGCCCAGAGCCCCAAUCUCACCGGGCGAAAAUACACCUUUGAGAAGCCAGUUUUAUGGCAGGCCCAGGCCUUCCCUGCUGCAUGGAAUCCUGGUAUGGGUUCCCUACAACCUGGAGAAUUUGGUGUCUGGGGUGAAGGAGCAAAGAAUGAUGCUCUCCAAGAAGAGGCUGCACUGCCAGCAUUUGGGUCCCAUGAAAGAAACAGGCAUGUAAAGGACAAGGCAGUGCAGACUAACUGCAAGAACUGGGCUGUUAUUAAAACAGGUGCCAAGAACUGUGGUUCCAGCAUCCAAGGCCAUAAGAUUCCUAGUGACAGGGACCUGGUUUCCCAAGGAGCCUCACAGCUCACAUCACUGGAGAUAAACAACUUUUCAACCAGCAUUAAGAAUGCCUGCCAAAAAUACCAAGCCCAAAGUAUGUUUUUGUGUGACCCAUGUGAACAUUUGGUGACUAAACAGAAAGAUGGGACUGAAGAAAUGCAGGGGAAAGACAAGAAGCAGCAGCCCAGGAAGGCCCACAGGGCCCACAGAGGCAGGCUCCUAGCCAGGAAGCAAAAACAAAUCCCAAACCAGACCUGUAAAUUCAAUUCCAAAUAUCAGAGUCCUCAGCCUGCAAUUUCUGUCCCACAAAGGCCCUUACUGGGGCAGCAGGAACCCCAUGCUCAGCCUCUGCAUCUGCAAUAUCCCAGGAGCCCCAGAAAACCAGUCUGCCGUAUUCUGGGAGGAACAGUCGUGCCCAAUAAGACAGCAAGGGCAGUGCAGGGAAGACUCUUGCAGUUCAGCAGAUGCUCUUCCCAAGACAACAGGCUACUUUCCAGCAGUUCCCAGGGGGACCACCAGAUGAGCUGGUUCAGUGACCUCAAUCUUGGAUGUUCAGAGACCCCUCUAUGCAAGGAGGCAGGAAAGAAUUUGCUCUAUGACCUGGGUUUUGAUAGCAGUGAUGAUGAUGGCUUCUGACCAGCCCACAGUUGAUUUAUUGGUCUCAGCUAGAAAGACAAAUCGCAGGACAUUUGGGCUGGCCAAGAGCAGAAAGUCCCUGAAGCCUGCCAAGUACCCUAGAGUCAGAGGCCCUGCUGAGGUGGGGUCAAUGGGCACGAGGGGAGGGAAGGUCCAGCACUCUGGGUACCAGACGCUGCCCAUGACAAGGAUUAAGUGCAUCCUUACUUGUUGGAAUGAAAUGUGAAAAUGGUGGUGAUGAGAGCUGAGGCAGCAGCCUGGUGGUGGUGGUGCAUCUGGAGCAGGGUGCCUGUACUUGGCGAAAGGCGGGCAGGCCUCCUUAUGGAAUACUGUGUAGCAGAAGGGCUCUCAUAAAACUUGCUGUGGCAGCAUGACUCCAAACAACAUUUUUGGGUCUUUAAAAUAUUCCCUACACAUGACCAAUACAUUUUCAGGCCUCAGGAUUUUUUUCUUUAUUUUUAGCCACUUACGUUGUCAGUUUGCAUUUUUUGAUCAGUAGACAUACACCCUAAAUCUUCUUGUGAACAGAGAAAAUGAUAAGCCUGACAGUGAAAGAGAUGACAUGCACUAGCAAAUGUCCAGAGCAUCACUGCUCACAAGCCAUUUUUCUUCCUGGGUGCUUUUUCCCUUGUCCUGUUUUUCAAGCACUUUCUUAAAACUAGUAGUAUUGUAGACCUUGUAUUAUUUCUGAAGAGCAGUGGGCUUAUAUGGGACUUUGGCUUUCCUUUUAUAUCUUGCUGAAGUUUUUUGAA